AUGGCCCACUACAAAAGCGGACGGAGUGCGGCAAGUGCCACAGAUGGCAACAUCUUAAACCCACUCCGAGAACGCAAUCUCCGCCACGGUGGCGGAGUCACCUACCUACCUACACCAGAACUGCAUGAGGGUUCCAAUGAACAUUGGGCCCACAACCUUGUGCUUGCCAUAUCGAUCUAA